CACAGAACUGGAGAGAAGCAUUCCUCACACGCACGACUCAAGCUGCAGAAAAUCACGACAAAACCCAAAUAUGACCGUUGUUCUGCUUCUUCUGCUCCUUUGUUCCACCGUUCUUGGAGGAUUGGCGAUGGAUGAACCUCCAGAGCAGGUGACUGCCUUCACUGGUCUGCCCGUGGUCUUGCCCUGUACUCAGACUCUGACCGAAGGCUCUGAGGUCCCCACGAUUGAAUGGUCCAAACUCAACCUCUCACCUACGCCCUACGUCUACGUGUACCGCCAGAACUUUGAGGUUUACGCAGAAAAGCACAGAGAUUUUGAGUUCCGUACGCACCUUUUCAUAACAAAGUUGCAACACGGGAACUUCUCCAUGAGGCUGUCCAACGUGAGGCUGGAAGACGCCGGGAUAUAUCUCUGUAAAACCAUUUGGGACAAAAACAAACAAGAUAUCAAACGGGUGGAGCUCGUCGUAGAGGACCUGCCUGACCCACAGUUGUCGGUGGUUGGGUCCGACGACGGCGAAGUGAAGGCGAGCUGUGUGGUGCACUCCUGUUCAACGGUCAUGCUUCGCGUCACGCUUCGCGAUGCAGACGGAGGGGUUUCAGUGAUGGAAAAUAUGGACCCAAGUCAAAAGUCUAAAAAUGCCAGUGGAUGUUACAGAGUGGAGCAGAGUAUCAUCGCAAAGCUCACGGCGAAGAGUGUCGUGUGCAGAGUGGAGUUUGCUGAGGUUGGCCAAAGCAAAGAAAAGUGCAUGCUAAUCCCAGAGCUUGUUAAAGAGUCGUGCUUGCUUCCCAUAAUCUACGCUGCAUCAGGAACUGGAGGGACCGUCUUUCUUUUGAUGGCGGGACUUGUUUUUCUGAUACACAAACGCCCCAGAAAAUCAAGUGAAAAUUCAAGUCUUGUUCGUCAGUCUACAACUGAAAGUUCCGCAAGCAGCUCAUCUGAAAAUCGCAGUUUAUUAAGAGCACAAGACUCGUGCCUGAUCGCAAUCCCAGAAGAAGGGGUCCCAGAACAAAAUCAGUCCACUCUGACCGAAGCGCCGGACCUGAUCUGCUCCGCCACUACCUCCGUUAACUCAAACCAGGAUGGCAGAACCUACAACCUGAUAGAUCUGUUUGGUUCCACUGAUGACGGCGAGGCAAAUGAAGCAGCUUGCGAAAUAAAGAAUGAUUCGAUCAAAUUUGAACAAGGAAAAAAGGCAAAGCUAACACGACAGGAUGCUUAUGCCAGUGACCUCGUUUUGGCUAAAGAAGCUCCCCCAAACGUCACUCAAAAUCAGGUUAACGCCAUCAGCAAACCUCAUGCCCCGAAGUACCCACUGAAGAGGUCCAAAAGUGCGUCAGAUUCCAUUUCGGUGACACUGGAAGCACUAAAAAAAACCUGUCCACGACGUUCGUUUGGGUCUUUAAAAUUUGGAAAACUGUCUGAAGAAGACCCUGAACAGGACCUCUUGUAACCCUUCGUUGACAAACCUGGCAACCAAGGGAAUAACUGAGCUGACCAAAAACUUUGAUACAAGUUAUAGCAUCAUUUUUUGGCACUUCUUGCUUCCUUUUAUUUUUUUUAGUUCAGAAAUGAAAUUGACUCUUGUGAGCUCAUAUAAGGUGGACCAGAGAAUUUUGAACUUUGUAGAUGUAGACGGACUAAUGAAGGAUUACUCAAACAUGUGUGAGUGAAACAAAACACAACUCCAGGUCUGUUUUUGAGUUUUGUUUCAUUUACACAUGUUUGAGGAGCCAUUUAUUAUUAGUCUGUCUGCAUCUCCAAAACUCAAAAUGCAAAGAUCUCAAAAUUUUUAUAAAAAAGUCUCAUUUUUUCAUAUAUAUAUUUUUUGUUUUUAUUUUAAUAUCUCCUGAAGUUUCACGCCAUGGCUUUAAUUGUGACGUGUACCAAGGAGUUUCAAGACUUAAAACUUUAUUCUUGCCAUUUUCUUUUUUACUUUCUUAGCACUUUAAACAAGCUGUAUAUAAGAUUCUGAUUGUAAACUUCUCAAAUGUGACGAAAACAUUGUAAUUGCUUAUUUAUUCUGAUGAUGGCCAAGUUAUACGUUUAUGUUAUAAUUUUGUGUUUUGGUUGUCCAAUCAGAAAGCAGAAUGGUUGCCAGAUUCAAAGCUAAAAAUUUGAAUUCAUCUUAAUCUACUCCGAUUCUUUAGCCCAGGGGUGGCCAAACUUUUUUCAUCAAGGGCCACAUAUCUAAACACAGACAGAGCAGAGGGCUGAUCGAGGGCCGUAGACUGGUGCUCAAUACAGUGAAUAAUUGAAAUAUGUGUGUGUUCAACACAUUAGAUUGAACCAUCAGUCUUUAUUCAUGCUAAAAUCCUUAAAACCACACACGAUAUAUUAAAUAUUGGCUUUAUCAAGGGAGAUUUUCUAAAACUUGCAGUAAAAAGUUAAUGUUUAAUUGAUGCAAGGUAAAUUGGGCCAACUCACCUGGAAGACUAAGGGCCAAGAACAAUUUGUCUGAGGGCUGCGUUUGGCCCACGGGCCAUAGUUUGGACAUGCCUGCUCUAGCCUGAUUGAAGUGAAGUGACCUCGCAGCUUUAGGAUUCGUUCGUUUGAUGGUAGAUGGGUAUUUUUUUAUUUUUUUUUUUAACCAAUUGCUGCUAUUUGGUCAUGACAUAUGUAAUAUAUAUUAAGCUUUUCCCAAAUCCCGUAGGAAGAAGUUCAAUAACGUCUUUCCCCUUGAUAAAAUUCACCAUUCUCUUCCGGCUUUAAAUCCUCGAUCUCAGGAAUCAUUGCCAACACAGAAUAUAUGAUUCUUCUCUGAUUGGCUGAUGCCCGAACUCGCACUUCUGGGGUUUUUGCGAACCGUCUAGUGCAGGGGUCUCAAACUCAAAUUACCUGGGGGCCACAUUAGAUAAAGUCUGAGUGAGGCUGGGCCGCAUUGAGUAUUCGAUAAAUAGCAGUUGCAUGAAAAAAAAUGCCGUAUGUGCACGUGUACUUGUAUUAACAGAUCCACUUAGACUCGUUGCUUCACAGCUGCUGUAAAUUGAGUUUUGGGACGUAAGCUGCGUUAAUAAUCUGUUGUUGUGAAUCUGCAUGGGCACCGAUUGCAGCUUCAUCUGUCAGUGCGGCCCGCGGUCGGGGGUGGGAUUGUGCGAACAUCUACCGCGGGCCGCACUGACAUUAUUCUUUGGAAUUAAGUGUAGGGCCGCAAAAAAUCCUUCCGAGGGCCACAGUUGGCCCCUGGGCCGCGGUCUGAGACCCCUGGUCUAGUGUAUUCUGAUUCCUGACUUAGUUGCUGGAGAGAAAUGAAGAGAAUUGAGUGGAGGCACUAGGUGGCGCCAAGCUGGAUACCGAUUUUCCCACUUCAAACCAAAACAUGCACAAUAGCUAAGUCAGUCCUGACCUGACUCCUACCUCAAGAUCUGGAGUUGGGUUCAGGAUGGGUCAAAUGUAGCAUAGCAUUAAACUCGGACUGUUUUUUUGUUUUUUUUUCCCUAGAAUGUUCUACAGUAUGGUGUUUCAUUUAACUAUCUCCAUGGAAACAACUUACAGGUCAGUUCUGUAGAGAAGUGUGGUUUUUACUUCACAAAACUACCACAAAUGAAUAAAUACAACAAGAUAUAGGCCUACUUGAUUAAUGCCGUACUGUGGAACUUGAGUGACCAUGAGAUAAGCUAGCGAUGGGACUUUCGGCUCCUUUGUGGGAUCCGAAUCUUUUGGAUCCGUCCAGGUCAAAGAGCCGUUCAAAAGCCUGGCACUUUUUAUAUUUAUUGACAUAACAGAAGCCAAUGUGGAAACUCCUUUUGUCUACGAAUUAAUCACAGAGAAAUGACUCCGAUUUGUUGAUGAUGAUUCAAACUGGGAGAGGAAGUGAAACUGAAAUGAUGAAAUUCAAGAUCAAAUAAUAAUAAUUUAAAACUGACGCUAAUUAUACUUUCUAUGCACUCCUGUUUCCUUCAGUGCUUCUGUGCUGCUUCUUGAAAAGUCACACAAUGCACCUUUAACUUUAUAAAAAUGUUUGCUGCUUGAAAUCAAAAAUGCUGACUUUGUAUUUAUGUGUUUCUGUCUGUAAAUAUGCUGUAUAUUUGUAAUAUUUGUACAUAAUGUAAAGUUUGUCUACAAGGAGACGACUGUUUCCGUUCUACAAAAAUUGUCAGAAGAUUAAAUUAAA